UGUAACUAACCUACAAAAAAUGUUUACGUUUUACACACUGCCAAGACGAGCUUUAUCGCUUCGAUUGGGACAAUUUUCUCAAUAAAUUCAACAACACGGACACUAUCCGGCAGAUCUAAUUUGAGUUUUAGUGGUGACAGUGCUGCUGACAGACUUCUUACUGGAGAUCGUCCACUUUCUAAUUUAGAAGAGACUUUUUUUUUUGAAGACAAUUUUCUUUUUUGUGGUGGGUUAUGUGAAAAUGAGCAUAUACAGAGGCAAGAACAAGUACGAAAUUUAUCUGGCUUCGCUGCUAUACGACGCUAUCGAGGAUACGGAUUUGCGCUCCGUCAAAACCCUGCUAUCCAAGGGCGCAGAUCCAAAUUUGAUUCUUCCCAAGCGAAAAAUCUCCUCUUUCCACUUGAUCAUAGGCAACGAUUCAGAAAAAUUCGCCUUGAAUGUGACUACCCUGAUCUUACAGCACGGAGGAAAUCCCAACGUCCAGUCCGAUGACGGUUUAACCCCUAUACACAUCGCCGCCGCCUGGGGCCGCUAUGACCUGCUCAAGCUUCUCCUGGACUGCGGAGGCAGUCCGGAAAUCCGAGAUAUCAACAAAAAGACGGCCCUUCAUUACGCCGUGGAGGAGAAAUACAUGGACUGCUACAACCUCCUCAAGCUUUACGUGACGGACAAAGCUAGCAUUAUGUGUAGGGAGAAAGAAGACUGCAUCAAUUACGCCAUUAAAUUAGAUAAAAUUCUCGUAAACAAUGGUACUACGCUUGGCGAAUACGAGAUAGUUAAUGAAUACAAGACUGACAGUAUUUUCAAAGACACGCAACAAUUACAAGAUUUACCGGAGACGGACAGCAAGGAGUAUGUUAUGAGCUGGUUCAACAGUCUGGAUCAGAGCGCCCCCAAAAUGAGCAAUAAGCUGCAUAGCAAUGGAAGCACUUCCGGGAUUAGCGACGAUUCAGGUGAUUCCCUUAAGGAAUCAGACGAGGAAAGGUACAAUCCCGUGGACGUCAAGAAUAUCUGCUUCCGGAAGGUGUACCGGAAGAAAGUGAAGACUCCCAAGAGCUCGCCGAUUAAGACUUCGAACCAAAAGAUUAAGAGCAAAAUGGACGAGAUUAUACAAUUUUCGAAUGAAAGCGGAAUCGCUAUGCUACCAGACUCCUUGAACAUCAAAGAAGAAACACCUUUAAAGAAACUCAGUUUAGAUCUGAGCAAAGGUGGGAGAGACACAAGUAGCGAUUACGUGACGUGCACAUCAGGUAUUUCCCCAGAUAUAUUAGAACGCAAUAUCUUCGAUUUCACUAAUCUGAUGACUAGCGACGAUAGCAAUAAGAGCCAAUUGAGCACGAUCACGAAGUCCGAAGGGAUCAGCAGCUCGGAUUUAAGCUUCAUUAGUGUCACCGAGAUCUACAAAUACGUAGACAAAGAAGAGGGAAUCGUUCUGUACGAGAGGAGGUUCCUAAAGACCCCAAUAAGUGACGGUAGCGGCAGCGUCAAGUCGUUUGUUUCAUCUAAACUACCUUUACCUGAGACUAUCGAAUAUGAAGAUCUGGAUAACGAGACUCUGAGAAAAGAACUGGCGCUUCGGGGGUAUAAUCCGGGGCCGAUUACGAGUACUACGCGGAGGGUAUACUUGCAGAAGCUGAAACAACUGAAGAAAUUGCCUCUCCCGGUGAAGAAUACCGAAGGCGAUGUGGCCGUCACUAGAGCAUACUCCAAAGAGUUGGAGUGGACACUCAAAAACCCCGACUGGCUCAAAGACAUUUCCGUCUACAAAACCCUCGAUGAGGCGGUUCUGCGUGAGUUCGCCACUCCCGACCCCUCCAGGAAGUGGCGCGAAGGCAACAACAAAUCCUCCUUCACUUACCUACUCCUGGACCCUAGACUGACCAAUAACUUGCCAGUGAGAGCCGAAUCUCUUAAACCCAAAGAAAUUUGGGAGACUUUCCUUUCCGCUGUGUUUUACGUUGGCAAAGGAAAGCGAUCGAGGCCCUACGACCACAUAUACGACGCCGUGAACCUCUGGAACCAAGGCAUACGUACUUCUGACUGCAAGAAACAGGCGAAGAUUUUGGAUAUAUGGAGCGAUAACUCCGGAGUCGUGUGCUUACACUUGUUCCAGAACACCAUUCCGGUGGAGUCGUACACGCGGGAGGCGGCAAUCAUAGAUGCCUUUAAGGUGGAGAAUUUGUGUAACGCCAAGGGUGGGAAUUUCUACGGGCUUGCGGCGACGUGGCCGCAGGAGAAGAAGACAAUGUUGGGGGUUUAUUUGCUGUAUAAAGCCAUGAUGAUUUUUUUGAAUGAGGGUGAAAGGCAGCUGUGCCCUUCAGACAUUAAUUGAAUGUGUUUUUUAUUUAUAUGUUCUAAAUGUUUAUUGUAUGAGUUUGCAAUAUUGUUGGUGCAGUUUUAUCAAAUUUGGGUAGAUCGUGAAGCAGUUUUGUAGGUAUUAGUGCAGUAUUAGUGUCUGUUCGAAUCAUAGCAGUUUCAGUUUCUUUCACUUAAUGCGCCCCAUUUUCGCGGUUUGUUGUGUAAUUUGAUGAAGCUGCAAAUACUGGCUGGUUGUAGUUGAAAGUGUAGCAACUAUUUCAAUCAUUUACUUCCAUUAUUAUUUAUUUAUAAAUCAUAUAUUGUCUAGUCUGAUAAAUUAUAAAUUUGCUCAACUUUGUUAUACUUUAUAAGUAUAUUAUUUGGAUUUUGACAGUGAAAAUUUUAUUGUAGAUUUGUUACUACUAAUUGACAAUAAAUUUUUAUACCAAGAA